AUUCCAUGGUUGUUCUUCUUCAAAGAAAGCUACCGUCAGUCUGAAUUGCAAAGGUAUCUUUUGCAUCAUAUUUGUUAUGCUAUAAAGUUCAUUUGCGUUAACUUCUUUUUUUAAAGAAAAUGUGAUGCUUUGGCUGUUUAAUGAAUUACAGGACAUCUUCCUGAAACUGACAAUGGGUAUUUGAUGCUGCUAUGUAAAUCAUGUGUGGAGUGUUGAAAAGAUUCUCGAGCUAGCUUUGCUUAAACAGCUGAUGCUAAUGAUGGUUCUGUGGCCACUAGAAUUACUUUUCUGUUUAUUGGAUCUGCAAAUGUUAACAAGACUCAUCCACCAGAAAUUGCCAAAAGGGAAGUGGUUCUGUUUCGCGGAGAACAAAAGCUUCCGUAAUCACUUCUGAAUCCUGUACUAAAAGUUUAGUGGGAACCUGUGCACCUUGUAAAAGUUCAGGGGAAUUUUGGUUUCUUUUUCUUUUGUUGGAAGUGCUUUGAAUUACCAUUCAGUACCUUUUCUCCUCAAAGCUUCUAUAAGGGAAAAGUUUUCCUGAUAUCUAGCCGGCAUUGAACAAAUUGGAUGCACAUGCUGUUUCUGAUACCUUCAAUUAUCAAAAUGUUGAAAUGAGAAACUGAAGCCGGUUUUAGAUGGUAACAUUUUCUAUUGACCAAGAGGCCCCUAGAGAAACCAGGCUGCAAGGUGUGAUUGAAAGUAGUUGGAUAUUGUGUUUUGGUGGCAAAUAAACAUUUACCAGCGUUGAGUAGGAGAACAUUUUCUGUAACGUGUAAAUGCUUUGGUGGACGGUUAUAAGAGUGUCUGAAAUUCAAUGGUUGUUCCUCUUUAAAGAAAUCUACUGCAUCAUUAUGAAGUGCAGAGGAGGACAUCUUCCUAAAUAGGCUGAAACUAACAAUGGGAAUUUGAUGCAACUGAGUAUUGAUAUGUUGGAUUUUCUUUUCUGAGUAGUGAUAUGCUGUGGGCAAAAAUUGUUGGUCUCAUCUUUUGUACUUGCUGCAACUGUGAGGAAUAUAUGGGCUGUCUGAAGGAUCACCAUUUGGUAGACCUUAGGGUGAGAAUUUUCUCGUUAUAUUUUGCAGUUCUAUUGCCACCCGAAUUACUUUUCUAUUUAUUUGAACUACAAACAUUAACAGAAGUGGUUUUGUUGCUCGGAUUGCAACAAAAUUCAUUCUUUUUUGUAAAAUUUUGUAGUUUGUGGAGAUCAAAAGUUUCCAGACUCAUGCACUUCUAAAUGUUUUAAGGAGGCCAACAACAGGAUGAGUGUGUUCCUCUACGGCUCUACCGACAAUUUCCCGUGGUACUCUGUACUGUAAAUAUCGCCGGAACGUCUUCCAAAAAGAAAAAUGUGUAGAGCAUUAUGUUAAUGUUGUGGCAGCUGGAAGGGAUGCUGGACUUGAUCCUGAAGAACAGGCAUUUGUUACUGUCAAAACUCCAGAUUUUGAGUUUAGUGGAUGUGCAUUAUGAAAAUUGUGCUGGCAACAAAUAUUGCAGAGAGUAGUAUUACUAUAGAUGAUGUUGUGUAUGUCAUUGACAGUGGAAAGGCAAAGGAAACUAGUUAUGAUGCCCUGAACAAACUGGCUUGUCUAUUACCAUCGUGGAUUUCUAAGGCUUCCGCACAUCAGAGACGAGGUCGUGCUGGCCGUGUGCAACCUGGAAUUUGUUAUAGACUAUAUCCAAAAAUGAUCCACGAUGCAAUGCUUCAGUAUCAGUUACCUGAGAUUCUCAGAACACCUUUGCAAGAGCUAUGCCUGAAUAUCAAAAGUUUGCAGCUUGGAACUGUUGGAUCAUUUUUGGCCAAAGCACUUCAACCCCCAGAUGCUCUUGCCGUUCAAAAUGCAAUUGAGCUUCUUAAAACAAUUGGAGCUUUAGAUGAUAUGGAGGAGCUUACUCCCCUUGGUCGCCAUCUUUGCACUCUACCAUUGGACCCAAAUAUUGGGAAGAUGCUUCUUAUGGGGUCUAUCUUUCAAUGCCUCAAUCCUGCCUUAACAAUUGCCACAGCCCUUGCACAUCGUGACCCUUUUGUCCUACCAAUAAAUAGGAAAGAGGAAGCUGAUGCAGCAAAAAGAUCCUUUGCUGGUGAUUCUUGCAGUGACCACAUAGCACUUCUCAAAGCCUUUGAAGGAUGGAAGGAUGCAAAACGAAAUGGAAGGGAAAGAGCAUUCUGUUGGGAUAGCUUUUUGUCCCCAGUAACCUUGCAGUUGAUGGACGAUAUGAGAAUGCAAUUUCUAGAUCUAUUAUCAGACAUUGGCUUUGUAGACAAAUCAAGGGGUGCUAAUGCUUACAGCCAAUACAGCCAUGAUUUGGAGAUGGUCUGUGCAAUCCUUUGUGCUGGACUCUACCCAAAUGUUGUGCAGUGCAAAAGAAGAGGAAAGCGAACACAAUUUUACACUAAAGAAGUUGGGAAAGUUGACAUCCAUCCUGCUUCUGUCAAUGCAGGGGUUCAUCUCUUCCCUCUGCCGUACAUGGUUUACAGUGAAAAGGUGAAAACAACUGGCAUCUACGUCCGAGACUCUACAAAUAUAUCAGACUACGCUCUACUUCUAUUUGGUGGUAAUCUCAUCCCUAGCAAAUCCGGGGAGGGCAUUGAGAUGCUUGGUGGUUACCUUCAUUUCUCUGCAUCAAAGAGCGUUUUAGAGCUAAUACGGAAAUUGCGUGGGGAACUUGAUAGGCUUCUAAAUAGGAAGAUUGAGGAACCGGGGUUGGACAUUUCUGUGGAGGGAAAAGGAGUGGUUGCUGCUGUGGUUGAGUUAUUGCACAAUCAUGAUGCACGUUACUAAUGUCUCUACUUUUUUCCAAAUUAACACAGUUAAGCAGCAGUCCUGCUGCCAUUCCUUUCUUCUUCUUUUUCCUUCCUAGUAAGCAACAUGAGAACCAUUGAAUUCUGCCACUAACAUUUUUGGGCAUUAGGAUGCAUGUAAUUUAGUUGGGUGGCUAUAAUAUUAAUUUUAUGAUUUUUUAUGUAGGAAAAAAUAACAUGGAGGAUGUUUUAGCGAUCUCAGUUUGUAUUUAGCUAUAACAUCUAUAAGGGUUGAAAUU